UGUAAUUGGGUUAUGUUCGGGUGCCCUGAAGAGAGAUAUUGUGUGAUUUAGUCACCAACUUUAAUUCUCCUUUUUUGCACUGAUGUUAAUGCAAAGCUUUUGAACGCUUUAGUAGAGCCUAACUCGCGUCCAUUAUUCUUCAACAUCUAUCUAAAGUUUGCUAACAUUAGCCUCCAUGAGCCAGCCGUGGUCCUGCUAGACCAGUCUAUACCAAAAGUAAUGCUGCUUUGGCCAAACCCCUGACUGUGAUGACUCGCGCAAUUGCAUAUUUAGUUUAUUGCUUAUGAGUUCAUCUUUUCAUUUAAAAAAAUUAAUGUUAUUUUUUCUUUCAAACGUUGCAUUGUCUCGCUUCAAAUCUUUAUUUCAAACCAACUCUCUAAAAUGAAAGUAAAAUUACAGAUUUUAAAAUUCUAGUCAAUUAAGUGAACGAACGAGCUACAGUAAUACAACUGCGUGUUUUCACUGACUUUCCACCCCUGGUUUUAGCCCUGACAUUUAAUCCCAUGUAUCCUACCCUCGCGCUUUACUACAUCUGUGGUUGAAAACAAUCCCAGCCCUAGGUUUAAUAAAGUAUAAUUCAUACCUCAGCGAGCUCAUUGUCGUGUGUGUUGUGUGGACCAGCAGCGGUUUUUAACACGCCCAUGUGUAAUGUCCCACCUGUUUGGAGAAGGACGAAAGUGAUAGGGGCUGGUGGUGCUUCCCCACCCAUCUGACAAGAAAAAAAAAAAGAGUUCCGGGUUCUUUUCAGCCGAAAGCUGCUCGCGAUUGCCACUUUAUCACGGCGCUCACACGGCGGGGACCAUGUCUCUUUUACUGGAUAACCAAUUCAAAGAGCUGCCUCCUGACAAGGCGAUAGACACUAAGUUGUUCCUGGAUGCUGUGUCUCAUAUUCCUUCAUUUUUUGACUGCUUGGGAUCAAAUGUAUUUUCAGUGAUCAAAUCAGACAUUAAUGGCAAUAUAAUGAAAAUUAAAGGAGUGUAUCUUAAGGAUCCUGCGAAGUAUGUCUCCCUGCAGGACAUUGUGGAGGCAGAGCGAGAAGCCCAUGCAGCAGAAUGGCCUAAAGUUGGAGCAACGUUAGCUCUGAUGUGGCUGAAAAGGGGUCUCCGUUUCAUACAAAUCCUGCUCCAGAGUCUGGCAGAUGGAGAAAGAGAUGAAAACAACCCCAACCUAAUUCGGGUUAAUGUCACCAAAGCCUAUGAGCAGGCGCUGAAGAAAUACCACGGCUGGAUUGUUCAAAAGAUUUUCAAUGUAGCAUUACAUGCAGCGCCCUAUAAAUCAAACUUCCUCAAGGCUCUGUCAAAGGGAGAGGAAGUGAAAGAGGAAGACUGUCUGAUAAACGUGCGUCAGUUCCUAGUUAAUUACACGGCCACUGUAGAUGCCAUCUACGAGAUGUACACAAAUCUGAACGCAGAGCUGGACUACACGGUUUGAUGUCCCGGGACAUCUGUCAUACCUCUCAGGUGUCAGGCAAGCCCAGUUUCCAAAGGUUUUAUUUAUUUUUUAUUUUUUUAAAGAUUAUUUUUCGGGCUUUUCUGCCUUUUUAUGUGAUAGAACAGCUAGGUGAGAGUGGGGGGAAGACAUGAAGGAAAUCAUCACAGGUCAGAUUCAAUCCCUGGACCUCUACGUCGAGGCACAAACCUCCCAGUAUAUGUGCGCCUGUUCUACCAACUGAGCUAACCCGGCCGCUCCAAGUGUAUUUUUAACAGGGUAGUUUAUAGGAUAGGUAUAUAGGAUUUGUUUUACUAAAUAUCACUACUGUCUAUUUGGUUCUUAAUAUGAUGAAAACAAUUAUAGCAGAAGGUUAUGUUUUUGUUCUUGUCAAGUAAUCACAGCAUUGUUACAGCAACAGUGCAGGUCUCACUCUUAUGCAGAAUAAUGUUAUUGCGUGUGAGUUGCUGCUUUAUUUAUAACAUUAACAGGUGGCUUUUCACUUGUUCCAUCAAGAGAAGAAUACAAGACUGUAAGGUGUUUACAGAAACACUGUUAUCACAGGGAUCCAUUUCUGUCAAUGCCUCACAUUCAGAUGUCCUCUGCCUCUUGAGCCAUGAAGUAACGAUUUCAAGUCAAAUUGACGUCAUUUAAAAUCUUAACAGCCCAUUUCAGGUGUGCAUUAAUCCACUUGUGCCUUGGUGUUUUUGUACACAAACACAAUGUUUUCAAGCUCAGAAUCAAUAUGUUUGCAAUUCUUUUUUUUUUUACCUACAAAGCUAAAGUUACCAGAGCCAGAACUAUUUUCCUUCUGAGAGCUUAACCUGGGUUUGUUGUCUGUGUUGAGUUUGAAGGUGUGGUCCACUUCUUUGUUUUGUAUGUAUUCUUCUGUAGUCCUAUUUUGUUCCUAUUUGUCUCAAUUGACCUAACUUCUUUUACACAAACAUAAUGUCAAUAUUUGUCUUGUCAGCAGACAUCAUGUGCCCAUUUAUUAAUAACUUAUUUAUUAGAUCUGCAUUUUCUGAAUGAAUACUUCUAGAUGUGCUGUUUUGUUUUUUGGAUUAUGAACUAUGAUCAAAUUUGUUCUUUUCACAUAAUCUUAACGUGUGACUGAAAAUAAAAAAAUAGGUGACGCUACUU